AUGACAAAUGAACAACCUCCACAGAGAGAGGAGCCAUGGACAUCUCUGCAAAGCAGAAUGGAGUCAAAAACAAAAAUGAAACUCACAAGAUGUGGCAAGAUUACCGUGGGUAUCUCAAUGAUGGUGAUUGUUGCAGUAGUCAUUGGACUUGUUGUCUAUUUUGUUGCAUAUGGGAAGACACCUUUCUAUUAUCAUGCCAGCUUUAAAGUCAACAACAUUGACUAUGACAGCAAAUUUGAAAAACCAUAUUCAGAUGAAUAUAGAAGCCUAAAUAAAAAAAUAGUAUCAUUGAUGAAUGAAACAUUUCAUGGAUCUAAACUGAGAAGACAGUAUGUCAAAUCUCAUGUUGUCCAAGUAAGCCGAGCCAAAGGGAAAGUGAUAAUACAUGCUGUGCUGAAGUUUAAAUCUUUUUAUAAAAAUAAUGCAGCAAAAUAUUGGGAUAGUAUUGAAACCAUUUUAUAUCAGAAGCUAAAGGGUGAAACUGGGUCUUUACUUAUAGAUUCUUCCACAUUUAAAUUUUCAGAUAUUUCAAUGCCGGUGGCAGAAAAUCUUCUCAAUACUUGCUGUGGACAACGCACAAUAACUCCCUCUGGCAACAAAAUUGCAGGAGGCCUGAAUGCUGAGGAAGGGGAAUGGCCCUGGCAAGCUAGCCUUCAACAGAACCAAGUCCACCGAUGCGGAGCCACUCUGAUUAGUAACAACUGGCUUGUGACUGCUGCUCACUGCUUUGUAACGGUCAAUGACCCCAAAGAAUGGACUGUAAGUUUUGGGCUUCUCUUAAGUGACCCACAAAUACAGCGAACUGUCAAGGAUAUUAUAAUCCAUGAAAACUACCAUUACCCAGCACACGACAAUGACAUUGCUGUUGUGCAUCUGUCUUCACCGGUAUUAUAUACAAGUAAGAUCCGAAGAGCAUGUCUUCCAGAAGCUACUUAUAAAUUCCCACACAAUUCAAAAGUGGUAGUCACAGGAUGGGGAACAUUAAAGUCUGACGGGGAAAGUCCUAAUAUACUCCAAAAAGGAUUAAUAAAGAUUAUAGAUAAUGAGAUGUGCAACAGUCCAAAGGCAUAUGCUGGAGUCAUCACAUCUGGAAUGUUGUGUGCGGGGUUCCCAGAGGGACGUGUGGAUGCCUGCCAGGGUGACUCUGGUGGACCACUGGUUAGUGCAGAUUCUAAAGGCAUAUGGUUCCUUGCUGGUGUUGUAAGCUGGGGAGAUGAAUGUGCUCUUCCAAACAAGCCUGGUAUCUAUACCCGAGUGACCUACUACAGAGACUGGAUCAUGUCCAAAACUGGUCUCUAG